UUUAGUUUUGGAUUUUCCCAUAUUACCGACAAUACACAGUUACGGGACUCAUACUGUAAAAGUAGAUUAGUUAAGAACAUCUAGAUAUGAAGUGAGAAAUUUAUGACUAGUGGUUCUGGAAGAUAUUCCAGCCCCCAAACACUCAAUUGUAUCAAAGAGGAAUGCCAAAACUUUUGAUAAUAAUCUGAUGAUUAUUGGAGUAAAAACAUCCUUCAGAUCAGUUAAGUGUUGGUAAAUUUGAAAGUAAGUUUUUAAAAGGUUUUAGUUAACACAGUGUUGAGAAUGCACCAUGUCAAGAAUGAGCUAAAAAGGUGCUAUGCAUAGAACUAAACAAAGGAAGAAAAGAUAAAAGAUGUGAUCUUGGUAUGCCAAGAAAUAGAAAAUAGAAUCAUAUAAACAGAAAAAGUAUUCAACGAAAAUGAGCAAAUAGACCAAAAAAACAAAAGCACAAAAUUAUUUAUCUACAACCACAAUAUAUUUCCAAGAACAUAAUGCCUAAUUUUUAUAUGGUGAUAUAGUUUAUAAUAAAUUGUAUUAGUCAAAUUCACACUUUAUAAACAAUUACAAUCCUUAUAUUUAUUUUCCAUUAUUUUGUAUAUUGUCAACACCCUGAAUUGAGAUAGUGAUUUUUUUUUUCUCUAAACAUAACAGAUGCUUCUUAGGCCGACUGACCAUUUUAUAUUUUAGAAUAACUUCAAAAGCUUAGUUUUAAAAGUUGGUAAGUUGAAGUUAAAAUAGUAAAGAUUCAUUGAAAACAUGAUAUUUUACUCGAUUCAUGGCACAUGUUUGUAAUAUGUCUAUGUUUUAAAAAUAUCUUCUGUUAGGGAAAGGGAAGGUUCCUAACCAGGAUGACCAUUCAUUCCAGUUUCCUUAGUAAGAGUGGUUUACAAAUUUUGUCCCAGGCUAAUUACUGAUUGUGCUACCUUUCACUCCCAUGGUGUUCUAGUUUGGAUGACAACACAUACGGUUAUCUUAUUCAUAACCCAAAAUGGCUAGCAAGUGACUAUGUAAAAUAUUUGAAAACACCGGCUGAAUCCCCACUCCAGUACCUUAGCAGAGGAUUCCUCAUAGUUUUGCAGUAAGGAGUCCACCUUUAUCCAUGGUUUCAGUUGCCACUGGUCAACUGCAGUCUGAAAAUAUUAAAUGGAAAAUUCUAGAAAUAAACAAUUCACAAGAUUUAAGUUGCAUGUUGUUUUUAGUAGCAUAAUGAAAUCUCAUGCUGUCCUUCCCAGGGUGUGAAUCGUCCAAUUGUCCAGUACAUUCACGCUGCACACACUACCCGCUGCCCAUUAGUAGCCAUCUCGGUCAUCAGAUCGGCUGGCUGUCAAAGUAUCACAGUGCUUGUGCUCAAGAAAGCCUUGUUUUACUUAAUAAUAGCCCCAAAGGGCAAGAGUAGGGAUGCUGGCAAUUUGGAUAUGCCAAAGAGAAGUCAUAAAAUGUUUCACUUAUGUGAAAAGGUAAAAAAUUCCUGAUUUAAGGAAAAAAAAAAAAGUUGUAUGCUAAGGUUACCAAGAGCUAUAGUACAAUGAAAUAUCUUGAAAGAGAGACCAUGUUCACAUAACUUUUAUUACAGUAUAUUGCUAUAAUUGUUCUAUUUUAUUAGACUAUUGUUAUUGUUGUUAAUCUUUUACUGUGCCUAAUUCAUAAAUCAUACUUUAUCAUAGGUAUGUAUGAAUAGGAAAAAUAUAGUAUAUAAAGGGUUCAGUACUAUCUGAGAUUUCCGGUGUCCAGUGGGGACUUUUAUCCCCUAUGGAUAAGGAGUGGCUACUGUACAUGAGAGACACAUACUCAUCCUCAUCUGGUAAUGUUUGCUAGCACCUCCAGGGUGAAGGGUUUGUGGGGAGCCUGAGGAUGAAUCUUUUUGAAGCUCCGUUGUCUGUAAAGACUCUCUUCUCCCCUUUAUAAUCAGAUUUCUGGAAUUCCUGAGUUCCGAAGAAUCUUUAAUAUCUACUGAAGAAUAUAUUUUUGUUGAGGGAUUAUUUAUAUCAAGUGUUAGUUAUUUUCUCCCCUUUCUCCUCUUCUGUCUGUGACUUUCUGAAAAAAAAUGAAUGCCAUCCAGUUAAUUUCUCCAAAUAAAUGGCCACGGGCAGUCACAUCAACCCAGAAAUCUCAGAAAUAAUUCCAGUGGGACUGGGUGAAUUGUAUAUGUGAAUCUUCAAAUUCAUGAACCUGGAAGGGACACUUAAAUAGUUGAUUGGUCUAUAAACUUUAUUAUAUAAGACCUACUUCAGGGAUUUUACAAAUGCUCGAUUUGAAUUUACAUUUAAAGAGAUAUAUUUUAGCAUAUAGCACUCAUAAUAGAAACAAUGCUUCAAAGAAUAAGUCUUCUCCUGCCUUCUUUGUUUAAUAAGUAUUAUGAGACUGCAAGGCAAGCAUUUAAAGUACUCAUUUAAUUUGUAAGAGAUCCUUUGUGAUUUUUCUGAAUAUGAGAGUUUGCUAAAGUUAAUACAGCACACAAAACAAAAUAGAAUGUUAAUACUGAUAAGAGAUCCCAACUGUCAGCCAUAAUCUUGGGUUUCAGAUAAUAUAUUAAUCUAAGGUUUCAAAUGUUCCCAUUAAUAUUAAUAAAUUCUAUUGAUUGAAUUUUAAAUAAAUCUUAUAAAUUUUCGUUUUAAACAAUACAGUUAUAUGACUGAAAAACCCUUUUACUUGUCUUACACUGUGCAUUACGUUUCCACUUAACAUUUCAUUGAAAUUAACUUUUCUGCCAAUUUGCAACAUUUUAAAACCACUGUUUUAGUUCAACUACACAUUUUGUGGAUUAAGUCUUUAAGACCCAAGGAGGAUGAAAAACUUGCCAAGUGUCACACUGUGAGAAGCAGAAGUAGGAAGAAAACCCAUGUGUUCCUCCUGCUUUAUAGCAAAAUAGUGUGAUCUAUUACUUCUACUGCGGUAGUAAAAAACCCACAAUUAUAAGUCCAUGCCUUAUUGAUCAUAUAUUCUUCUGUAUAUGAAAAAUAAUGAAAGUUUUUAAACAUACAAUAAUUAGAAUUAAUAUAGUUUUAUGAGUCCUUCAAAAAUACUAGAAUUGAUACCAUCGAGCAAUUAGAAAAAAAAAUCCAAAACAACCCAAAUGUCCAUCAACAGAUGAAUGAAUAAACAGAAUGUGAUGUAUCCAUAGAAUGGAUUAUUAUUAAACCAUAAAAAUGAAUGAAAUACUGAUACAUACAACACCAUGAAUGAAACUUGAAAACAUUAUGCUAAGUGAAAGAAGCCAAUCACAAAAGAGCACAUUUUAUGAUUCCAUUCAUAUGAAAGUAUAGAACAAGGAAAUCUACAGAGACAGAAAAUAGAUUGGUGGUUGCUUAGAGCUGGGAUGCAGUGAUGAGGGGGUAAGGGAGAGAUAGCCAAAAGAUACAGGGUUUAUUUUUAAGAUGAAAAUGUUCUAGAAUUAACUGUGGUGAUGUUUGCAAGUAUAUGUGAAUAUACUAAAAACCAUUGAAUUGUACAUUUUAAACUGGGGAAUUCUAUGGUAUGGGAAUUAUAUCUCAAUAAAGCUGUUUAAAAAAUUCUGAAUUGUCAUAAUCACCCUUCAUAAGAGAAUGCACUAUCCCUUCCUAUCUUAGUUAUGAAACCCAGGCCCUGUUAAUACUAAAUGAAAAGCACUUGAUUAGAUGGUAUCUGUAAGGACAUUUAGAAGAGGAGGUGACAUAUCACUCUGAUUUAUCAAUCACAGUAUACCACCUUUGGAUACGUUUUAAAUGUAUCUAUUACAAAGAGGGCAUUUCAUUGUGGCAAUUUUUUAACCUGUGUUUUUAAAAAGCUAAAGUUUUUCAUGAGGCACUUAAGCUUAUCUUUAUUCAGGUUGCACAUAUAUGCAAAAUAUUCCCUCUUUGCCAUUACAGUAAUAGAGAUGAGAUUAAAAUAUAGGAGACACCUGAGGAGCUUGUCUAGUUCUUCAGUCUCCUAGAAAACUGUUAGGUGGGAAUGUAAAUAAAAUGUAGGGUUUUGGAAUGAUAGGCCUUUCCUUCGUAAUAAAUUGAAUUUAUAAAAUACUCAUAUGGGACAGGGAACCAAGGGAAAUGUGAAAAGUAUUGAAUCUAGAUAGCUCAACUUUGUGCUACCUGCUGAAAACCCAUGCACAGUUGCUCCUCUAGUAAUAAUGCUGAGAGGCACAUGGUUUCUGCAUAAAAGUCAAAUUCAAAAAUCUGAAUAUCAAACAUUUAUUUAGCCUUGGGAAGGCUUCCUUCCUUCCUUCCUUCCUUCCUUCCUUCCUUCCUUCCUCCCUCCCUGCCUCCCUUCCUUUCUUCCUUCCUCCCUCCUCCUUCCCUCCUUUCCUCCCUUCCUUCCUUCCUUGUGUAUUUUUAUACUGGGUUUCUGUUCAAUUGUUUUUGAGGCAAUAAUUAUGGAAGUGUCUAGUCCGGAAUCUGAGAUCUGAGGAGAGUGAUAAUUCAUUAAUAGUUUUUUUGUUUUGUUUUGUUUUGUUUUUUUUGGAGACGGAGUCUCCUUCUGUUGCCCAGGCUGCAGUGCAAUGGCGCAAUCUUGGCUCACUGCAACCUCUGCCUCCCUGGUUCCAGUGAUUCUCCUGCCUCAGCCUCCCCAGGAGCUGAUAUUACAGUCGCCUGCCACCACAUCCAGCUAAUUUUUUUUUUUGUAUUUUUAGUAGAGAUGGGGUAUCACCGUGUUGGCCAGGCUGGUCUCAAACUCCUGACCUCAGGUGAUCCACCCGCCUCAGCCUCCCAAAGUGCUGGGAUUACAGGUGUGAGCCAUUGUGCCCGGCCCAAUAGUUCUUGUAGCUCUGAUGGCUUAGCCUAAUGUUAGCUACUGCCAAAAUCAGGUAUUUCCUGUAUAUUUCUGCCUCCUAAUAAAAAGAGUUGAUUCAGAGACCCAGCAAGGCAGUAAGAAUACUAUUUGUGAAUAAUCCUUACAAUGAACGAUUGGCAUGUAGGCAGACAGAGGUUAAUUAAAAGGCAACGUGGUCAGGCAACGUUCACAGACCAAGUGCACAAUCUUGGAUAUGUAGUUUUACUUCCCUUGCCUUUGGUUUUACUCACUUGUGAAAUAAGAAAAUUAGAAGAAAAAAAAUGCUUUCACUUCCCAGCUCCAAAAUCCUGUAAUUACAGGAGUUCCCUGUAGAUCAGUGUUCAAGUCAGUGGAUUUUUCUGUUGGCUGAAGUGCUUGAAGGGCAGCACUGUCUCUGUCUUCAUGGUGCUGAGUUACACUUUGUGGUUCUUUAUUUUCUUAGCAGCAUGCUGUGACACAGAAGGUAAAAUACCAUUUGAACCACAGGGCAGAACUAAAUAAUAAUAAUCCUUUCAAUGACAAAAGAUUACCUACAUGGGCAUGCUAGUCAGAGUAAUGAUGUUUUUAAUGGAAGGACCUUUUUAACACUCCUCAUGGUCUUUUAAAGCUUCUGCCAAAUGGCUGGAAAGGAACACAGAGGCCUUAGGGGUCAGUUGGGGUUAAGGCACUAGCAUUCCAAAUCAGUUCAUGGAACAGCCAGGUGGAUGAAUGAUUAACCCAGCAAGUAAAUUGUUCAGUGAGUAGGACUGAGAGGCUUGGUGGACAUGGGGGCUGGGGUGCAGAAAGUACGUGCAAGAGCAUGGAAGAAUGUUGAAAACAGGAUUGGUUUGCAAACCAUGCCUAGAGAAACAUAUGUGUGUGUAAAUACACACACAAAUACGUGUUGAUGUGUUUGCAGCUUUACCCACAGACUCUUUGCCACUGGAUUUUAAAUAUUUUUCUGUUUUACAGACACACACAUACACAUGUAUAAAUAUGUUUUCAGGGUAUGCAUGUUAAAUCAGUGCUCACAAAUGAAUUCAAUUACAAAUCAUUCGAAAAAAAGUAAAACUUGUAUGGGAGGAGAAUAAAUGCAGGUAUGAAAGGGCAAAAAGUUUACCCCCUGGGGGUUGGUUUGGUGCCCUGUGAUUUCUGGAGGGGCUGAGCCAGCUAGCUGUAAAAGUGCUACACAAGACAAGAGCUGGGAAGUCAACACAAAGUCAAAAGAAAAAGAAAGGGGUUCGUACCGCAGCGUGGCAUUCUCCCUCCUCCCCUCAUCCUGUUGUGACUGCACCUGCUGAAUGUGACUGGCGGGCACUGGAAGCAGCCGCAGCCACAGCCUUGGUGAGGAGCAACCGCAGCCCUGCCAGCUCCCUCCCAGUUCUCAUUGAGAAAAGGGGAGACAGAGCAGGAGAGGGCAGGAGACGCUCCCUGCAAAGCUGCCUCCCCCCACAGAUCCAAAGAGCCUCUUGGAAUGGGCACUCGACUGUUCUGACGUGGUGAUUCUCUCGGGAGUCUGAAGACAGAAAGGAAAGGGGAGAAACCUGCAGAGAGCAUCAAAGGAUGAGGGGUGCUAUAAAAGAAGCAGGGGAGUCCUUUGAAAGAAAUCUAUCAUGCACUGAAAUGCUUUCUGGAGAAGGUGCCAUUAUUUUCCUCCCCUCUUGCUCAGAUGAAAGGAGCCAGCAAGGACAGUCCUGAAAUAUUCCUCAGGGGCCUUUUUGUCAUUGUUCCUCUUUCCUUUUGCACAGGGCUAUUUGCUGACCUUUCCAGAGGAAUCUCAGUCCAGCUGAGAAGACAGUUCUUAAUAAAAACAAAAAAAAAUGCAAAAACCAAUUCCUGCUGUUUGAAUGGGAAUGGUAGCUUGCUUGCUGCAGUUCUUUUCCUGUGACAUUUUGGAAUGUCUGCAGAAACUUAAGAAAAAAAAAAAAAAAAAAAAAAAAAAACCUUAAAAACUCCCUGGAUUGGGCAAGAGAAAAGGAAGUUUUUUUGCUAAAAAGGAGUAAAUGAGAGGUGGUAACUUAUCCCUAAGCCAGGACCUGGAUGAUCAAAACCUUCAAGUUCUAGGAAUCAGCACUUCAAAAAUAACAAAUAAACAAGCAUGAGGAGUGGCUGUGGGGUUUCGCUCAGAGGCAGGUUUUAAAGGAAGCCAAAACCGGGUUCAGAACUUCGGGCCUGUACGAUGCCUGAAGACCGGAAUUCUGGGGGGUGCCCAGCUGGUGCCUUAGCCUCAACUCCUUUCAUCCCUAAAACUACAUACAGAAGAAUCAAACGGUGUUUUAGUUUUCGGAAAGGCAUUUUUGGACAGAAACUGGAGGAUACUGUUCGUUAUGAGAAGAGAUAUGGGAACCGUCUGGCUCCGAUGUUGGUGGAGCAGUGCGUGGACUUUAUCCGACAAAGGGGGCUGAAAGAAGAGGGUCUCUUUCGACUGCCAGGCCAGGCUAAUCUUGUUAAGGAGCUCCAAGAUGCCUUUGACUGUGGGGAGAAGCCAUCAUUUGACAGCAACACAGAUGUACACACGGUGGCAUCACUUCUUAAGCUGUACCUCCGAGAACUUCCAGAACCAGUUAUUCCUUAUGCGAAGUAUGAAGAUUUUUUGUCAUGUGCCAAACUGCUCAGCAAGGAAGAGGAAGCAGGUGUUAAGGAAUUAGCAAAGCAGGUGAAGAGUUUGCCAGUGGUAAAUUACAACCUCCUCAAGUAUAUUUGCAGGUUCUUGGAUGAAGUACAGUCCUACUCAGGAGUUAACAAAAUGAGUGUGCAGAACUUGGCAACUGUCUUUGGUCCUAAUAUCCUGCGCCCCAAAGUGGAAGAUCCUUUGACUAUCAUGGAGGGCACCGUGGUGGUCCAGCAGUUGAUGUCAGUGAUGAUUAGCAAACAUGAUUGCCUCUUUCCCAAAGAUGCAGAACUACAAAGAAAGCCCCAAGAUGGAGUGAGCAACAACAAUGAAAUUCAGAAGAAAGCCACCAUGGGGCAGUUACAGAACAAGGAGAACAAUAACACCAAGGACAGCCCUAGUAGGCAGUGCUCCUGGGACAAGUCUGAGUCACCCCAGAGAAGCAGCAUGGACAAUGGAUCCCCCACAGCUCUAUCAGGCAGCAAAACCAACAGCCCAAGGAACAGUGUUCACAAGCUAGAUGUGUCUAGAAGCCCCCCUCUCAUGGUCAAAAAGAACCCAGCCUUUAAUAAGGGUAGUGGGAUAGUUACCAAUGGGUCCUUCAGCAGCAGCAAUGCAGAAGGUCUUGAGAAAACCCAAACCACCCCCAAUGGGAGCCUACAGGCCAGAAGGACUUCUUCACUGAAGGGAUCUGGUACCAAAAUGGGCACGCACAGUGUACAGAAUGGAACGGUGCGCAUGGGCAUUUUGAACAGCGACACACUCGGGAACCCCACAAAUGUUCGAAACAUGAGCUGGCUGCCAAAUGGCUAUGUGACCCUGAGGGAUAACAAGCAGAAAGAACAAGCUGGAGAGUUAGGCCAGCACAACAGACUGUCCACCUAUGAUAAUGUCCAUCAACAGUUCUCCAUGAUGAACCUUGAUGACAAGCAGAGCAUCGACAGUGCUACCUGGUCCACUUCCUCCUGUGAAAUCUCCCUUCCUGAGAACUCCAACUCCUGUCGCUCUUCUACCACCACCUGCCCAGAGCAAGACUUUUAUGGGGGGAACUUUGAGGACCCUGUUUUGGAUGGGCCCCCACAGGAUGACCUUUCCCACCCCAGGGACUAUGAAAGCAAAAGUGACCAUAGGAGUGUGGGAGGUCGAAGUAGUCGUGCCACCAGCAGCAGUGACAACAGUGAGACAUUUGUGGGCAACAGCAGCAGCAACCACAGUGCACUGCACAGUUUAGUUUCCAGCCUGAAACAGGAAAUGACCAAACAGAAGAUAGAGUAUGAGUCCAGGAUAAAGAGCUUAGAACAGCGAAACCUGACUUUGGAAACAGAAAUGAUGAGCCUCCAUGAUGAACUCGAUCAGGAGAGGAAAAAGUUCACAAUGAUAGAAAUAAAAAUGCGAAAUGCCGAGCGAGCAAAAGAAGAUGCCGAGAAAAGAAAUGACAUGCUACAGAAAGAAAUGGAGCAGUUUUUUUCCACGUUUGGAGAACUGACAGUGGAACCCAGGAGAACCGAGAGAGGAAACACAAUAUGGAUCCAGUGAGCCUGCUUUCACCUGCUAUCUCUGAUGGCUCUGGCAAGGACUCCAGGGAUUCUAGUGGGAUAUGACUAAGAACCAGGUGGCUGGUCACCUGGAUGUACAGAAGUCUAACUGGUGAAGGAAUAUCAUUUACAGACAUUAACCAUCCAUAUCUGCAAUGUGUACCAAAGUUAUAUCAUGCCCCAUAAUGCUACUGUCAAGUGUUACAACUGGAUAUGUGUAUAUAGAGUAGUUUUUCAAAAGUAAACUAAAAAUGAGAAGCAUAUUUCAAGAAUUAUUUUAUUGCAAGUCUUGUAUUUAAAAUGUUAAAUCAAUAUGUUGUUGCAAUUUAGCUUGCUUUCAAGCUUCACCCCUUGCACUUAACAUAAGCUAUUUUUGGCAUUGUGUUAUCAUCGGCUUAUUUUAUAGAUCAAUAUUUUUAUUUCCCUUUUUGCUGAGGAAAUGAAGAUAAGCAAAAAUAUAAAUAUAUAUAUAUAAAUAUAUGAGUUAUUAAAAUCCGAAGAAUACUUUGUGGCUGUGCUGUUUGUGCCAAUAGACUUUGUCAUGACCAAAAAGAGAAAUGUAAAUAGUUUUAUAAAAUACAGUCGAAUCACCAGGAACCUUUGAGCUGCUUUUAAAAUUCUUCCCCUGGCACCACUCAGUUUUGCUUUUGCGAGGCGAUUUGACAUAGGAACUUUGAGACUCCAUGAGAAAGUCCCUUUCUGAGGCCCACUGUCUACCUUGCCAGAUCCUCAGUGCGUAUCGCCAAUGCAGAAUGCUCCUUAGAGAAGAAAAAAUGGUAAAGAAUGGCAUUUAACGAUUCAGGCUUUGAAUUACUCUGUCCUUCUGGACUGAAUCUCUUUAACUGCUGGAUAGUUUUAGAGGAAUUCUCCUGCUACUUGGGUAUUGGGAAACAAUGCUUGCUAAACCAUGCCCACAUGAGCAACUGUCUCCCACUCAAACCUCUCCCACCUCCCAACAACUGCACUUUAGAAUACCAGCAGUGUAAUGGUAUUACUGUUUCCCUCUAAGUGAAACUGCUAGAGUAUGUGUCAUGUAGUGACAUUUUUUUUUCUCAUUCAGGCUAUUGCCAUCUGGGAUUCUCUCCCUACUACAGCUGGCAAAGUUGGUUUGCAGCAAGAAGAUAGUGGGAGGGGGCCGGGCUGCAGGAGGAGAAGGAGAAAAGUUUAGAAGAAACAAACAAUUUUGCUUCUAAUUUUGACAGUAUCAGUCUUUCCUGCUGAAACAUACAAUAAUUUUAAAAGGUGAAUGCCUAAAGUUCCAAUUUUGGCAAAUACGUGAACCUCAGCAAUGCUAAUUUUCUAGAAAAACCCAUGGCUCUUUGGAGCUAGAGUUUUGGGAGAACAGUUCUUCACAAUAAGGCAAUGGUUUUGAGAAGCCAGGCAAAUAAUCUUUCUCACAGUAGAACAAAAAGUUACAAAAAGCAUAAUCGGAAAUAAAGACUACAUACUUGA